CUGGUAAACGAAAAAAAUGUGUGGAAAUAAAUAAAAGCUACAAAGACCAGCCAGAAAUUAUUGAUAUAGAUUAUUUGGAUCAUAUUCUUACAGAGCUAUUAGAAGAUGCGCAAGAAAAUGGUCUAGAAUUUUGUUUCUGUUAUGAAAUAAUUAUCGAUAAUCAUAGCUCAACUAAGGAGAUUGCAAAUGAUGUUGUUGAAUUAAUUGAAGAUAUUGAUAAGUAUAAUUGG